CAGUCUUUUGAAAGUCUUUGUUUGUCUGGUAUCACUGAUGGAUGACUUAAGUGGAGAGUCUGGAGCAGGAAAAACAGAGAGCACCAAACUGAUCCUGCAGUUUCUGGCCGCCAUCAGUGGACAACACUCCUGGAUUGAACAACAGGUCCUGGAGGCCAACCCCAUUCUAGAAGCCUUUGGAAAUGCAAAAACAAUCCGCAAUGACAACUCAUCCCGUUUUGGGAAAUACAUUGACAUCCACUUCAACAAGAGAGGGGCUAUAGAGGGAGCCAAGAUUGAACAGUACCUGCUGGAGAAGUCCAGGGUCUGUCGACAGGCUCACGAUGAAAGAAACUAUCACAUCUUUUACUGCAUGUUGAAGGGCAUGACUGCUGAGGAGAAGAAGAAACUGGGGCUGAGCAAAGCCACUGACUACACCUACCUGACCAUAGGCAAGUGUACGGUUUGUGACGGCCGCGAUGACCUGAAGGAGUACUCCAACAUCCGCUCUGCCAUGAAGGUACCGAUGAGUCUGUGGCAGCAUUUAACGCUUUCAUCUGCCUCCAAAGUCUUAUUCCUUUGGUGUAAUGAAUGCCUCUGUUGUGUUCAGGUGCUGAUGUUCACGGACAGGGAAAACUGGGAGAUUUCCAAGCUACUGGCAGCAAUUUUACACAUGGGAAACCUACAAUAUGAAGCUCGUACCUACGAUAACCUAGACGCCUGUGAGGUCGUCCGAAGCCCCCACCUCACCACUGCUUCUGCACUGCUGGAGGUGGACUUUAAGGAUCUGAUGAACUGUCUGACCAGCCGAACGCUGAUCACCAGAGGAGAGACGGUCUCCACUCCGCUCAGCAUCGAACAAGCUCUGGACGUUCGAGAUGCGUUUGUGAAGGGCAUCUACGGACGUUUGUUUGUGUGGAUCGUGGAGAAGAUCAAUGCGGCCAUCUACAAGCCUCCGUCCUCACAGCCCAAAGCUGGGCGGCGCUGCAUCGGCCUCCUGGACAUCUUCGGCUUUGAGAACUUUGUUGUCAACAGUUUCGAGCAGCUGUGCAUCAACUUUGCAAACGAGAACCUGCAGCAGUUCUUCGUCCGCCACGUCUUCAAGCUGGAGCAGGAGGAGUACAACCUGGAGAACAUCAACUGGCAGCACAUCGAGUUCACCGACAACCAGGACGCCCUGGACAUGAUCGCCAUCAAACCAAUGAACAUCAUCUCUCUGAUUGACGAGGAGAGCAAAUUUCCCAAGGGCACCGACGCCACCAUGCUCAACAAGCUCAACUUCCAGCACAAACUCAACACCAACUACAUCCCACCAAAGAACAACCACGAGACUCAGUUUGGCAUCCAGCACUUCGCUGGGGUCGUCUACUAUGAGACAAAAGGUUUCCUGGAGAAAAACAGGGACACGUUAUACGGCGACAUCAUCCAGCUGGUUCACUCCUCCAAAAACAAGUUUAUCAAGCAAAUCUUUCAGGCAGACGUCGCCAUGUUUCUGUGUGGUUAUGCUCCUGGUGCCACAGCUCUUUCCAAGGGGGCAGAGACCAGGAAGCGCUCUCCCACUCUGAGCAGUCAGUUUAAAAGAUCUCUGGAGCUGCUGAUGAGAACUCUGAGCGUCUGUCAGCCCUUCUUUGUCCGCUGCAUCAAACCCAACGAGUACAAGAAACCCAUGCUGUUUGAUAGAGAGCUGUGUGUCCGUCAGCUGAGGUAUUCCGGGAUGAUGGAGACCAUUCGCAUCCGUCGUGCCGGAUAUCCCAUCCGAUACACUUUUGUGGAGUUUGUUGACCGAUACCGAGUGCUCAUGCCUGGAGUCAAACCUGCAUACAAACAGGAGGACCUCAGAGGAACCUGUCAGAAGAUCGCAGAGGCUGUCCUCGGCAGAGACGACGACUGGCAAAUGGGAAAAACCAAAAUCUUCCUCAAGGAUCACCACGACAUGCUGCUGGAGAUCGAGAGGGACAAGGCCAUCACGGACAAAGUCAUCCUCAUUCAGAAGGUGGUCCGGGGUUACAAGGACAGAUCGAACUUCCUGAAGAUGAGAAAGUCGGCUGUGUUCAUCCAGAAGACCUGGAGAGGCUACCACUGCCGGAAGAACUAUGGCGCUAUGCGAGCGGGCUUCUCUCGCCUGCAGGCUCUGGUUCGCUCCAGGAAGUUGUGUGCGUCCUAUCACGUGGCCCGUCAGCGGAUUACAGUCUUUCAGGGGCGUUGCCGUGGUUACUUGGUGCGCCGGGCGUUCAGACACCGGCUGUGGGCUGUCAUCACCAUCCAGGCGUACACCCGAGGAAUGAUCGCGCGUCGACUGUUCAGGAGGCUGAAGGGCGAGUACCGCAGGAGGCUGGAGGCUGAGAAGAUGCGUCUGGCUGAGGAGACCAAACUGAAAAACCAGAUGUCAGCGAAGAGAGCGAAGGCUGAGGCUGAACGCAAGCACCAGGAGCGACUGGCCCAGUUGGCCAAGGAGGAUGCUGAGCGAGAGAAGAAGGAGAAGGAGGAGGCUCGGAGGAAGAAGGAGAUGGUGGAGCAGAUGGAGAAGGCCCGGAAGGAGCCCGUCAACGAUUCCGACAUGGUGGACAAGAUGUUCGGUUUCCUGGGAACGACCAGCUCUCUGCCGGGUCAGGAGGGACAAGCGCCUGCAGGCUUUGAGGACCUGGAGCGCACCCAUCAUGAACUGAUGGAGGAAGAUCUGGACGAGGCCCUUCCUCUUCCAGAUGAUGAUGAAGAGGAGGAUUUAUCAGAGUACAAGUUUGCCAAGUAUGCAGCGACGUACUUCCAGGGCACCAGCACGUACACGUAUGUCAGAAGACCUCUGAAGCAGCCGCUGUUGUUCCAUGACGACGAGGGGGACCAGCUGGCCGCUCUGGCAGUCUGGAUCACAGUUCUGAGGUUCAUGGGGGAUCUGCCAGAGCCCAAGUACCACACAGCCAUCAACGACGGAAGUGAGAAGAUCCCAGUCAUGACCAAGAUCUAUGAGACGCUGGGAAAGAAGACCUACAAGAGAGAGCUGCAGGCGCUGCAGGCAAACGGAGAGACGCCUCUCUCCGACAGCAACAAGAAAACCAGCGUUCGACACAAACUGGUGUCCCUCACCCUGAAGAAGAAGUCCAAGAUCACAGAGGAGGUCACCAAACGCCUCAAUGAUGGGGAGUACGGUCUCCAUGGUAACAGCAUGCUGGAGGAUCGGCCAACAUCUAACUUGGAGAAACUUCACUUCAUUAUCGGCAACGGAAUCCUGAGACCUGGACUGAGGGAUGAGAUCUACUGCCAGAUCUGUAAACAGCUCACUCAGAACCCGUCCAAGAGCUCUCACGCCCGCGGCUGGAUCCUCAUCUCGUUGUGUGUCGGCUGCUUUGCCCCAUCCGACAAAUUCGUCAAGUAUUUGAGGAACUUCAUUAGCAACGGGCCGCCGGGCUACGCUCCAUACUGUGAAGAGAGGCUGAGACGGACUUUUGUCAACGGCACCAGAACUCAGCCUCCAUCCUGGCUGGAGUUGCAGGCUACCAAGUCGAAGAAGCCGGUCAUGCUGCCGGUGACGUUUAUGGACGGCACCACCAAAACACUGCUGACCGACUCUGCCACCACGGCCAAGGAGCUCUGCAACGCCCUGUCCGACAAGGUCAACCUGCGAGACCGCUUUGGCUUCUCCCUGUACAUCGCUCUGUUUGACAAAGUGUCCUCCUUAGGCAGUGGAAACGACCACGUGAUGGACGCCGUGUCGCAAUGUGAGCAGUACGCCAAGGAGCAGGGAGCUCAGGAGAGAAACGCCCCCUGGAGGCUUUUCUUCAGGAAGGAGAUCUUCACGCCCUGGCACGAUCCAACCGAGGACCAGGUCGCCACCAACCUCAUCUACCAGCAAAUCGUCAGAGGCGUCAAGUUUGGAGAAUACCGCUGUGAUAGGGAUGACCUGGCAGAGCUGGCCUCGCAGCAGUACUAUGUGGACUAUGGUUCGGAGAUUCUUCUGGAGCGUCUGCUGAGCCUCAUCCCCUCCUACAUCCCCGACAGGGAGGUCAGCUCCUCCAAGACUGUGGAGAAAUGGGCUCAUUUCAUCAUGGCUGCUCACAAAAAGGGCAUCUACACCCAGAAGAGGUUCGACUCCCAGAAGGUGAAGGAGGAAGUUGUGGAUUUUGCCCGUCACAAAUGGCCUCUUCUCUUUUCCCGUUUUUAUGAAGCCUUCAAAUUCUCAGGUCCUAAUCUUCCCAAAGACGACCUGAUCGUGGCGGUUAACUGGACCGGGGUUUAUUUCGUUGAUGAGCAGGAACAGGUCCUCCUGGAACUCUCCUUCCCAGAAAUCACUGCAGUUUCCAGCAGCCGGGGAGGAAAGAUGCAGAGUCAGAGUUUUACACUGGCAACCAUCAAAGGAGAAGAGUACACUUUCACCUCCAGCAACGCAGAGGACAUCCGGGAUCUGGUGGUGACUUUCCUGGAAGGCCUGAGGAAGAGGUCAAAGUUUGUGGUGGCGCUGCAGGACAACCCCAACCCCGCGGGGGAGGAAUCAACGUUCCUGAGCUUCCUGAAGGGAGACCUGAUCGUUCUGGACCAGGACACCGGCGAACAGGUCCUCAACUCCGGUUGGGCACAUGGGAUUAACGAACGGACCAAUCAGAAGGGAGAUUUCCCGGUCGACUGCAUUUAUGUCCUGCCUGCUAUGACCCGUCCUCAGCAGGACAUUGUGGCGCUGAUUACCAUGACACCGGACCAGCGGCAGGAGUCGGUUCGGUCCUCGCAGAUCAUCCUGCCGGACACAGAGGGCAAACUGAAACCUUACACGCUGGAGGAGUUCUCCUAUGACUACUUCAGGCCUCCUCCUAAGCACACUCUGAGCAGAGUGAUGGUCACUAAGAAUCGUGGGAAAGAUAAGUUGUGGAGCUGCACGAGGGAGCCGCUGAAGCAACCACUACUGAAGAAGGUGGUCAACCACGAGGACCUGGCUCAGGAGGCCUGCAUGGCUUUCAUUGCUAUGAUGAAGUACAUGGGCGACUAUCCGUCCAAACGGACACGAUCCGUCAACGAGCUGACAGACCAGAUCUUUGAGGGGGCGCUGAAGGCCGAACCACUGAAAGACGAGAUCUACUGUCAGAUCCUCAAGCAGCUCACAGACAACCAUGUCAAGUACAGUGAGGAGAAAGGCUGGGAGCUGCUGUGGCUUUGCACCGGCCUGUUUCCCCCCAGCAACGUGCUGCUCCCACACAUCCAGCGCUUCCUGCAGUCCAAGAAGCACCACCCGCUGUCUGCAGACUGCAUGCAGAGAGUCCACAAAGCUCUGCGUAAUGGAUCCAGAAAGUAUCCCCCUCAUUUGGUGGAAGUGGAAGCCAUCCAGCACAAAACAACCCAAAUCUUCCACAAAGUCUACUUCCCUGAUGACACAGAUGAGGCGUUUGAGGUGGAGUCCAGCACCAAGGCGAAGGAUUUCUGCAAGAACAUCUCGACCAGACUGCUGCUGAAAUCUGCUGAGGGCUUCAGCCUCUUCGUAAAGAUCUCAGACAAGGUGAUCAGCGUCCCGGAGGGAGAUUUUUUUUUCGACUUUGUCAGACAUUUGACUGACUGGAUCAAGAAGUCUCGCCCAGCUAAAGAUGGAAUCGUUCCCUCUCUGACCUAUCAGGUGUUCUUCAUGAAGAAGUUGUGGACCAGCACAGUUCCAGGGAAGGACUCCUUUGCAGACUCCAUUUUCCAUUACUACCAGGAGCUUCCAAAAUACCUGCGCGGCUACCACAAGUGUUCCCGAGAAGAGGUUUUCCAGCUUGGAGCGCUCAUCUACCGUGUCAAGUUUGAGGAGGACAAAUCUCAUUUUCCUACAAUACCCAAGAUGCUUCGGGAGCUGGUACCUCAGGAUCUCAUCCGCCAGAUGUCACCAGAUGACUGGAAACGGUCCAUAGUGGCGCACUUCAACAAGCAUGCGGGUAAAUCGCGGGAAGAAGCCAAACUGAUGUUCCUCAAGAUCAUCUACAAAUGGCCAACUUUUGGCUCCGCCUUUUUUGAGGUCAAGCAAACCACUGAACCCAACUACCCAGAAAUCCUGCUGAUUGCCAUCAACAAGCACGGAGUCAGUCUUAUCGACCCAAAGACGAAGGACAUCCUUACCACACACCCCUUCACCAAGAUCUCCAACUGGAGCAGCGGGAACACCUACUUCCACAUCACCAUCGGCAACCUGGUGAGAGGCAGCAAGCUGCUGUGUGAGACGUCGCUGGGUUACAAGAUGGACGACCUGCUGACCUCUUACAUCAGCCAGAUGCUGACCACCAUGAACAAGCAGCGGUCGGGGCGGGGCCACAGCAAGUGAACGUCUUACUGGCAGGAGGCCACUGAGCUCAUCCGCCUGCUGCGCCCCAUUGGUCAGCACUGCAGCUGGGGGCGGACCUUCGCCCAUCAGCUGUGGUGGAUGAGUCGCAGUCCUUCUGCUAGUUCAGGCGGGUCGGAGCUCACCGCUGAGAGCAGCAGCAGCAGCAGCGACCCCGGCGAAGGCCCCAGUAACUAUUAUCACUACAGUUUCAAUGAACACGACUCGUCCAGUGAGGAUGACUACCUCUGACGGUGCAAACUCUCCGUCCUGUUUUUCCCAGUAUACACCCUGACUUUAUACAUUUUUUGGCUUUUUUUUUUUUUUGUCACAGUUUAUAGUACAGCUGUUCCAGGACAACUGCUUUAAAAAUAUGUCACAUCAUUUAUUUAUUUUUUUAGAAGUUUUAGGAGUGAAGUUUAGUGGAAAAUAUAGGAGAACAUCACCCAGUAAAGCCCACUUCAUCAAAGUCUUGACUAAAAAAAUUCACAUUGUUUGAAAUUAAGAUGUUUUUGUAAUCCCUUCUGACAAAAUCCAAAAGAAAAUUUAAAAUAUUAUUUUUAUGUAUCAGAGAAAAUAUUAAUUAUAAUACAUUUACAUAAUUGGUUCUUCCUCACAGCAAUGUUAGUUUAAGAUGCAAAUUUUCUGAAAGGAGUGUUUAGGAAAAAAGCAUCUUAUUUACCCACUGUCUUGUUGUAAGUGAAUUAUAAAGAAUUGUUGUCCAUAAAUUUUCUUCCUUUCAAUAAAGCAAGUAGUCCUUUUAAAAAAUGAAUAACAUAGAUGAGUUAUUGUCACCAUAAAGUUGAGAAAAUAGUAACAUUUCUCCCAUCAAUAGUGUUUUUGAGAUUUUACAAAAGCAGCCAUGUUUAACCCUUGACCCCACCCUUACAUUGACAUGUUAUCCCUACCACGACGAGUUAAAUGAGCAGGACAAGCCCUCUACUGCCCCCUACUGGAAUGACGAGGAAACAGUAGAUCAGGUAUUAGACAAAGCAAACAGAAAUGUAUUUCGUGCUGAAUAAAAUUCAGAUUUUAAGAUGAACUUUUGUAGCCUAGGAGAAAUAAUUGUAAUUUAAAGAAAAAAGCUUUCAUUUUUCAGCCGUAGCUUGUUAUUUUAUAUAAAUAAAGACAAAAACAUAGUUAAAUGAAGAAUUUUGACAGAUGGUCUGCUGCUCCUCUAAAGCUGUGAGAUGUUUUUUUAAAAUCACUACCAUUAGAUGUAGGCUGCAAAAUAUGAUUAUUUACAUUUCUGGAUAUUUAUUUUUCUUCUGCAGCUAACACGAUUGAAUAAAUUAACCAUAUAAUUAAUACAUUAACCAUACAUGAAAAGGAGGACAUCAAAACUGACAAACUUUUAGUUGGAUCUUUUUCUACAGAAAAGUUGAUGGAGUUUGUGAAAAUUUGAGCGUCUUUAUGAACCUUUGAAUCCAGCUGGUUCCUCUUGGAAACGUUUCUUCUCAGUUGUUUGAUGUUCUCACGGGACGCAAACCUGCUACGUCAAAUGCUUUUAUUUUUCAGAGAUGUUUUUCC